AAGUCAAGUCCCUCCCAGACAGAAGCUGAGAGGAACUCUGCCGUCAGAGACCCUCUCCGGUCUGACACCAGAAUGUUCUUACAGCCGUUCGGAAAUAUAUCUGGAGGGUUUUUCUGAACGUUCUCGUGCGUCGCAGAGACGGUGGGAAGCUUUGGAUCACCGCCGGGGACUCCGCGUUACGCACGAAGCCGAGCCUUCAGCCGCCCACCAUGAAGGUAACUUUUGGCGCUCUGGUCAUCACUGCCGGGGUCUGCGGCGUUCUCAGCUUCGCCUUUCUGGCGACUUCCCUCGGAACCGAUUACUGGUACAUCAUAGAGAUGAACACGAUGAACACGACCGAGUUUGAGGAUAUGAGCUCUCACUCUGGAUUGUGGCGCAUCAACGAAGGAGGGAAGAUAAAUCCUGACUCCAUUGAUUCAUUUGUAGCCGAUUCCUCCAAAUACACUGAGACCGAACUCCGCAUGCUGGGCAUGCACAGAGCCGUGGUGGUGAUGCUGCCGCUCAGCCUGGUUCUCCUGUCGUUUGGAGGAAUCUGCGGACUGGUCAGCGCUCUGGCUCGGAGCCCCGUCCUGCUCACCGGCACGGCCUGUUACUUCUUCAUCAGCAGCCUGCUGACUCUCUGCGGUGCGAGUCUCUACAUCGUCUACUCCUACCAAGCGCUGGCAGAGACGAAGCGCCUGGUGGGGCCUGAGGGCCUGGCCUCCAUCCAGACCUCCUUCGGCUGGUCUCUGGGCCUGGCCUGGCUCUCCUGCGGCCUGGAGCUGCUCACCGGAACUCUGCUGCUCAUAGCCGCACAAAUGGCCAGGAUACGGCAGAGAGGGCCCAGUAAGGCCUGACACUGCCCGCUGUGCCGAUCCCUGAACGUCCCAAACACAAACUGAAGCGACAACGGUGUGGACAACUUGCAUUUUUUUAUUUAUUUUUUCCAGGUGGUGCAAGAAUUUCACAGGGACAGUGAUUGAGCUGUGCCCCCUUGUGGGCACAAUUGUGUGUAUUGAGGUCCCUUCUGAUUUUGGAGUUGUUGAUCAUGGUGUUUUAUUCGGGUAUAUAUGUAAAAAGUUAAAUCUGUAACGUUGUCCCCUCUGCAAGCCUUUCCUCUGUUUUCAUCAUUUUAUGAGUCCUAUUUGCUGUUUUCAGUUGGAUAACCAUGCAGAGUGUUUGCACUCUGUAAAAAGUGCAAAAGAAUUACUAUAUAGUUUUGUCACAUGUAAUGGUUUAAAAAUUUCCAUAUGCGUCAACAUUUUUGCUGCUUUCGGACAUUUCAACAUGGUCUUCACUUUACUGCACAGUGAUUUGUACCAGUGUUCAUGCUUUAACCUUUCUAUGAACUGCUGGGUUGCUAAAACAAACAUCAAUUGAUUUUUUUGGUAGUGCAUGAUUGCAAAGUAGUUUUUUAAAAAAUGAUAAAACUAAAAACUGUGCCCUCCACUUGUACUCAGCUCCCUUGAGUCGGAAAUCCUGAGACUGAAUUUGUGGCCCGAGACCCUAAAGCCUGGUCUCUUUGUGGGGCCCAGGCUUCGUUCCCACCAGGAGCAGUGAGUCCUCACAGCGUAGUAUGUAUCAGGAAAAUGGUCCCCACAAGGUAAUACGAACAAAUGCGCACACACACACACACACACACACACACAUACAUAUAUAUGUAUAUACAUAAAUUCUAAAGUAAACUAGAAUUAGUAUUACAUAAAAUGUACCUCUAAGUUUGAAAUCAAAACUGACGGCCUAAUGAUGCCACUGCUAUGAACCAGCCAGUGAAUUCAGGAAUGAACGAUUAACUGGAGUCUCAGUGAGAGACGUUUUUAACUUUGCUUGUUUACACUGCAGUAGGUCUUGUUAUUCUUUUUAAUUUAAAAAUAUAUUUAAGAAAGGGCUGGAUAUGAGCACAGAGUGAAUUCUCGUUGCUCUCUGUUUUUGUCACACGUCACGGCGGCUCUGUGCUACACUGAGCAGCAGAGAGGAAGAGGAGGGUAACGGUGCGCUCCCUUCAUCUUGGUUUAUUCUUGCUUGUUUCUCUUUAGUUAAUGUUGAUAGUUAAGUGCUGCUUACAGUUCAUUUGCUACCUUAAUUGUUAUAUAUAAUGACAAAUUGGGAUUUUGUUUCUACCAAAGUAACUCAAAUCAACUUUUUUCCUCUCCUGUUUGUUAUAUUUUCCUUUAAUUUUGUUAUUACAAGUAACACCAAAAUGUUAUCAAUGCAUACAACAUUUGUAUGUAGCAAAAAACAAACAAACAAAAA